AUGUUUCGUCCUGUAUGGAGCUCACUUCAGACGCCUUCCUCACUCUGGCUCUUCCUUCUGGCCUCUUCGAUCAGGAUUAAUCCUGCUGUGCUUGAAUUGGUGUUUGCGAUCUUACCCGAAGAUGGCGUUGGGAUUUUAAACAGCUCUCUGAUGCUGCACUGUGCGGCGUUUGACUCUGUCCUGAAGUUUCCUGUACCUGUGAAAUGGGAGAAAAACACUAGGGGUCUGGACAGGAGGUCCCAGCAAAUGGCCAAUGGCUCACUUUUCUUUCCCCGUUUACAAGAGGAAGACUUUGGAAACUAUUCGUGCAGUGCAAAGAGAGGGAACAAACAGAUUCAGACCACUGUCAUGGUCAGCAAAGCAUGUCUGCAAGAUGUGUUCUUUCACCCCCAGUCCAUGCAAACUGAAGAGGGACGUGAUGUUUUCCUUCAGUGCGUCUCUGGUGAUAGUUUUCCUCCUGCUCAGAUUUCAUGGUUGAAGAAUGGCAGAGUCCUCACCAAAGGAAACCAGAUUCAGGGGCAGUAUGGAGGAGGGAGUCAAAGGAAGACUUCAGGCACUUUGCACUUGGCUAAUGUCACCAAAGCAGACCAAGGAAUCUAUAUCUGUUUGACCCGCAAUCAUCUGCUCAAUAUAAGCAAGGAAAGUCAUGCAGCAGCUCUGACAGUACAUGGAUCUAAUGUUGAUGUAAGCAUUAUCAAAGGCCCACAAAAUGUAACUGUGCCUGUUGAAAUGGAGGCUGCGCUGCACUGCAUUGUAGAAGGAUUUCCUAUUCCCAUCGUGCAGUGGUUUAAGGAUGGAAACCCAUUACAUGAUUCUUCUAGACUGGAUCUGCAGAAGGACGGACAACUGCUGAUUUUUCAGAGAGUUUUGCCGGAAGACGAGGGGCUGUAUUUCUGUGAAGCUCACAAUCAGAAGGCGAAGGUGAAAUCUCAACCCGCCUACCUCCUUCCUGCAGAGCGUCCAUCCGUGUCUAUCUGGCCAGUCCAAGUGACGUCUCCUGUAGGAGCUGAAGUGCUCAUUCACUGCCAGGUGUCAGGACUCCCUGCUCCUGUCCUCACAUGGUCAAAGCAGGGCCAGUCUGUCCAAACUGGAGGAAAGAUUCUCAUGGGGUUAAGAAACACAACCCUGCUCAUAUCAUCAGUAAGAGUGUAUGAUGAAGGACGUUACACGUGCUCAGCCUCCAACACACUGGGUCAUGAUGAGAAAACCAUGACUCUUCGAGUUGCUGUAAAACCAGUCAUCGUCUCAUUCACGCCAUCGGUCGCUGUCUCAGAAGGAUCUCCUGUUAGUCUGCCUUGUCGAGCUGUGGGAGAAUCUCCUGUCAAAUACACCUGGACUAAACUGUCUGAUCCCAAAUCUCCAGUCUCACUGCCACAGCACAUACACAUUGACGAUAACGGGACAUUAGUCAUCUCGACUAUCCAGCGGUCAGAUUCAGGAGAUUAUCAGUGCACUGCAGAAAACAGAGCCGGUCAGGGUGCCAGGCGUGUGACUAUAACAGUAACUGACCCUGAUGUUCCACCUGAUAAGGAAGCUCUGAGUAAAACAGCUAAACCCACUGUUCUAGAGAGUGAGCAGGAGUUAUUUACUCUUUAUGGUUCAAAGCUGCUGAAUAAUACAGAGAUUAACGAACCUCUCCAUCAAACCACUGAAGAUUACGCCAGGAUAUCUCUGUUAAAUGCCUUUGUGGAGGACUCGCCAACAUACUUGAAUCCUGAAUCUACCCAAGACACUACAGAGAGAAUUUCACUUAAGUCAAGUGGCAUUGGCAUAGAAAGUAAUGAGAACAUGAAAGAGCCUGUGCAGACACAAAAACCAACCCCUGUUCGUGUCAAACCUACACCACUGACCCAGCUCAAAGAGACUACAGUUCUACAGGACACACAUCCACAAAUUCAGCCAACAGAGCAGCUCACCAAAGCACCUCCACAAAUGAAUACAAACACAAACAGCCCUUCGGCAGCAGAUUCCUAUUCUCAGAGCCAGCUUAAACACGCUCAAAGCUUUUCCCGUAAUAGUGGAGAAACUCAGACAGUGAUGAAUGUGGGAAACCUCACCGGCUCAGCUUCUGUGGAAGAGCAUCAGAAUCAGAGUCAAAUCAAGUCAGAAGCCAAAACCUCAGCCACCAAUGACACAGAUCUGGUCGAGACACCCAAGAAAAACACCUCGCAGGCCCCUAUGAGGACCACCGACAAUAAUAACAGAGAAAAGGGGAAAUCUCAAACUUGGUUGCCAGUGAUUGAAAAACAUGACAUACCCAUUGUGGUUGGCGUCGGUGUUUCUUUGGCCUUCAUCUUCAUCUCCAUGGCCUUUUAUUCUCUGGUUCAGAAAAACGACCCUGCAGUUGUACCUACAGGAAGAGCAGCUCUGAGGGGCCUUUGUGGCCCUUGCAGACAAGGGGAUCGCCAUGCAAUGGAAAUGACCUAUGAUAACAAGGCGUUUGAAGAUGAUAACUUGGUGGCUGUUAUUGAGCAAAGCCCCAACAACUCUGAGACACGAGCGUUGCCAACAGAAAGCAAUUCGUCUGUUUUCGAUGUCGUCGAUGUGGACGAAGGUGUACGGUCCAUUCAGGACCUUCCUGUUAUUGUGGAGACGCACCCAGAACCGAGAGAGGAGGACCAGUUGGAGACUAUAUUUGAGGAGGGGAAGGUCAGUCCCUCGCCACACACUGACGUUCAGCUGCAGUGCAUGGAAGACUGGAGGAGCAGAGAGUUUGAACCCUGUCAGGACGCCUCGUCCCUCCCUCCCCCAAACCCAGCACCAGCCCAGGAGGAGGGCCUGCGCUCAUCCCUGACCCUCCGGACCACCGAUCCCUCCUCAACCCCAGUGCGUCACAGCAUCAGCAUCUCGCAUGGCGUCUCUCCGCUCCUGCUGUCCCACUGCGUGUCGCUGGGCAUGACCUCUGUGGCAGUGGAUGUGCACUUUUACCCAUCAGCCCCUUUGGCAGCCACUAACCCCGCAUUCGGAGCACCAGUUCAGCAGCUGAACACCAGGCUAGAGCAUGAACUAACUGCGCCCUCUGCUGGCUCGGUAAAUAACAAGAUUGUGUAAUAAGAGUCAGGUGAAAGCUUUUUAUUUGUAGCAUUUAACAAUGACCAGUAGUGUUUCCCAACCCUUUUCCUGAAGGCACACCAACAGUU